UUAGCGCACGAUUCCGAUUCUGAAUUGGAGGAGAGCCUCUAAUCUGCCCGAAUUUGCAUCGCAGUGCAUUGCACGUCCUUUUCAGUUCAAACACCACAGCAGGAUCUGCCGUUGCAAAUCUACAACAAAUAGCAGAGACGCAGGGGCCCCUGAAAGAGUCGUGUGUCCUCACCAAAGCAACCAGCAACCACCACGAGCGCGUCCUCGCUGCCGCUGCCGUUGCCGUCGUCCACUGACUGCCAACUCAACUCGUCGCCUCGCGGGUCGCCCAUCCCAUCAAUGGCGCUGGCGCGUCAGCGGCCCCGGCCCCGGCCCCGGCUGCUGCUCUUCUUCUCGGCGGCCCUGGUCUUCUUCUUGCUGUUUGCGGCGCACCAGGCAGCGGCGGCGCAGGUGGGCGACGCGUGCUCCUCCUCCUCCUCCUCCGGCGGCGGCUGCGGCUCCGGCCUGCACUGCAGCGCCUGCGGCGGCUCUUCCGGCGGGGACAGCAGCAUCUGCACGCGCGCCAGCCCCGUGGACCCGGCCACCCACGGCACGGGCCUCCCCUUCAACAACUACUCGUGGCUCACCACCCACAACUCCUUCGCACUCGCCGGCGCAGAAUCCGCCACCGGCAACCCACUCAUCACCGAGACCAACCAGGAGGACAACGUCACCGCGCAGCUCAAGAAUGGUGUUAGGGGCUUGAUGCUCGACACUUACGACUUUGACAAUGAUGUCUGGCUGUGCCACUCAUUUCAAGGAAAAUGCUACAACUUCACUGCCUUUCAACCUGCCAUCAAUGUCUUCAAAGAGAUCCAGACGUUCCUUGAUGCAAACCCAUCAGAAGUAGUUACAAUUUUUCUUGAAGACUACACCGCAACAGGGUCCUUGCCGAAAGUAUUCAAUGCUUCUGGCCUUAUGAAGUAUUGGUUUCCGGUGUCGAAAAUGCCAAAGAGCGGUGGCAACUGGCCUUUGCUCAAGGACAUGAUCAGCCAGAACCAGCGCCUGCUUGUCUUCACAUCAAAGAAAUCCAAGGAAGCAAGCGAGGGGAUCGCAUAUGAGUGGAACUACGUUGUGGAAAACCAAUAUGGAAAUGAUGGUAUGGUAGCAGGCAAAUGCCCCAACCGCGCAGAGUCUCCAGCCAUGGAUUCCAAAAGCCAGUCGCUUGUUCUGAUGAAUUUCUUCACGACUAGCCCGAGUCAGACUGGUGUAUGCGGAAAUAAUUCAGCGCCACUCGUUAGCAUGCUCAAAACGUGCCAUGAUGCUUCAGGCAAUCGGUGGCCCAACUACAUUGCUGUUGAUUUCUACAUGAGGAGUGACGGUGGAGGAGCUCCCUUAGCUACAGAUAUUGCAAAUGGUCAUAUGGUAUGCGGAUGUGACAACAUCGCGUAUUGCAAGGCGAAUUCGACCUUUGGGACCUGUGUGAUACCACCGCCGCCGCCGCCGUCGCCACCCAAGGCAGCCACCCCAGGCAGCAGAGGCUCAACAGCAGGGGGCGAUGCUAGCGCGGGAAUGGCCCGGUCUCAUCAUCUGCCCUCGCAAUGGAGCUUCUUCUUGGGACUGCCUUCUCUGCUUCUUUUGUUGCUCUCGUGAGAGAACUGGAGAUUGGUUUUUCUGCUUUUGUGACAUGCUGUUCCGAUGGAUCGGAGCUCGGAGGUAGUUCCGUUUGGUCCGUAACAUCAUCAUGCAUGUGAUCUGAGCUGAGCUGUAUAUUUGUGUUUACUGAGCAACGUAGUCAGAUACAGAAAUCAGUUAAAUUCAUCAUUCAUUUCUUUGAUUCUGUUGUUAUCUUGAUGUUUUAAGUUCCUUCGAAAAAAUAAGGGUGGUGGUCCUUGAA